UCCAUAAUGCCUGAAGUGCGAGACCUCUCGGAUGCCUUGCCCGACUUGCCGAUGGAUCCCAUCACAGGUGUUGGUGUGGUGGCAUCCCGGAACCGAGCACCGACAGGUUAUGAUGUAGUUGCACAAACAGCAGAUGGCUUGGAUGCUGACCUCUGGAAAGAUGGCUUAUUUAAAUCCAAGGUCACACGAUACCUGUGCUUCACCAGAUCGUUUUCAAAAGAAAACAGUCAUUUAGGCAACGUCUUGGUUGAUAUGAAGCUUAUUGACAUCAAAGACACUCUACCCGUGGGCUUCAUCCCCAUCCAGGAGACCAUCGAUACGCAAGAAGUAGCUUUCAGAAAGAAGAGACUGUGCAUUAAAUUCAUCCCUCGAGAUUCUACAGAGGCAGCGAUCUGUGAUAUCCGAAUCCUGGGUAGAUCUAAACAAGCCCCUCCUCAGUACACGUUCAUAGGGGAGUUGAACAACAUGGGCAUUUGGUACCGGAUGGGCAGAGUUCCCCGCAACCAUGAAUCUUCACAGCCUGCCACUCCUCCUUCCCAAGUACCAUCUUCGACACCAGCUCCUAACCUGCCAAGGCACAUCUCGCUGACACUCCCUGCCAGCUUCCGAGGGAAGGGUCACAGCAGUCGCCUGGACUUGGAGCACCAGCACUCAAACCUGUAUGCCAUUUCAGGUCCUGCCUUGAAGUGUUUGCUUUCUUGAAGGAGGAGUGAGCAAAAAAUGAACAUACUCUGGUUCUGUGGGGCCCAGGAAGGAAUGCCUGGGGGAUUGAGAGGCAGGGAUGCUUUAGAUUGUACCUCGUGGAGUCCAUCACUCCUGGAUGUGCCAAGAGCUCAGAAGGACUUUUGGUUCUGCAAACUAAAGAAAAAUGUUUGGUGCAGCUGUGGCACAACAGUGCAUUUCACCUGCCUUUUCUCUCCCGGGGCCAGCUCAUAUUCUGUGCUUCAGCUGAGUGGUGCUGAGGUGCAAGAGAGUUUUCCUUAG